UGACUUCUCCCAAAUACACAUUCUCUACUCGUUAGCAGCGCUACUCUGCUGCGUGGUAUUCUUGCAGUAAACAUUGGUUUUCCUGGAUGCCAUUGGUACGCUCCAGCCUGGGAAGACUGCGAGCUUCUCCGGAAUUACGCUCGUUCACCAAUUGUUUUGAAACUACCGUCUUCGCAUUAUGCGAGGAAAAAAUUGUGAUAUUAUGUUCUAAAGACUUUUUACCAUUUCAAACCAUUGAGCUUGAUCAAUCGGUAACCUCAGUGUCUUUAUGUAAGCAAACGGGAUGGCUAGCGAUUGGUAGUCAUGGUGUCGUACAUAUUUAUCGUCCUGAGGAACCGAAUAAAUAUACCCAAGUCAAUUCCUACAAAUUUAAGAAGGAUUGUCACGUAACGUGUCUUGACUGGGGUCUCAGUCAUGACUUGGUUGUGUCACAUGGAAACACUAUUACUAUUCUAAACAUUUCGACAGGACAUCCUGUGCUUGAGGUUUGGUCGCAACAAACUGUUCGGCCUGUUCAGAGGGCUCUGCUGUCCCCUGAUGCAUCCUACAUCGCUUCUGUAGAGGAGGACAGUCCAUUGGUAAAGGUGUGGAUGCGUACUUCUCCCCAAACGGGCGUCGCUUCUGUGUACGAUUACAGUUACCUUCCGCAUUCUUCGCCCGUUGCCUUUCUACAAUGGAAUGCGCCCCUUAUGGCCGAGGAAAACGAGGAAUCUAUGUAUCUAGCUACAGUGUCCAGCGAUGGUGUCUUGCAUAUUUGGCGGUUUGGGAGUUUGUUUGGUUCCCAACUUAUGCACUUGGCCAAUUGGCUUGACUUAAAAGACUACUCUCCCUCUGCUCUCUAUUCACAUUUUGGUUUCCUUACAAAGCACGAUCUGGCGUGUAUCCUGUCAGCUUCUCCCGAAUCCAGCAACAAAGCCUUUGACCCGUUCCUCGUAUGGCUGCAGCGGCAGCUAAAGACAAAAACCGAUCUUUUCGUCAUGUUUAGUGCUUCCCACUUACACUUGUGGAGUGUUAGUACAACAAAAAAUGAUUCCGUAUCCUUGUCCCUAAUUUCACGCACUCACAUGAAGCUUUCUGAUCAUGCAUUGACGAAGCCUAAUGAUUUUCUCCAUUUUUGUUUCACCAAACCUAAUCCCUCAAACGCUUUUUAUUUCUUUGAUGAUAAUGAUGACAUACUAACUUGUUUUUCUGUUACACUUUCUGGUUUGUUUGACUACGAAAAAAAGACUCCGCAUGCUCUUGCUCGGUUCACCGGUCACUCUUCUGCAAUUAAAUGUUUGCAUCGUACUCCUAAUGGCCAUGGUUUUGUAUCUAGAGAUGAUACGGGACGCUGCGUUUUUUACUCGUUUGACUGUUCGCGUCAACAAUUUAAAGUCAAAAGAGGAAGCUCCCUGACUCCAUCACCGGACGCUACCGUCGUGCCUCUUUUCGCUGGUGAAUACGGAUCCAUUUUGCAAGAAGACCGCAUAGAACUAUGGCACUGUGUUUCUGAAGAACCUGUUCUUCUGGCUACAUGCAAUCAGGUGCCGGUAAGUAAUGCACUAAGCGUAUUCAUUCUUCCUAUUCAAAUGAAAGCGGAUUCAUUAAUGCUUUGCUGUCUUACAAAGGGAGGUCAUAGCUGGUUUUGGCGCGUUGACAUUUCCGAUCUUGAGAAGCCAAGUAUCACGUUCGUCGAUAGACUGAAGUUUACGAAGGAUUUGGAUACGGCAUCACCUAUUGAUGUGAUGGGUUGGUCUUCCCUUUUGUACCCUUCCUUCCCCCUCGAUGCCUUUAAUCGUGAAGUCUUUGCAUCCAUUUCGAAAGAAGGUCUUCUCCAGACAUGGACAGCCACUGUCACAAGCGAUAACACACCACGAGUUUUAGAGCUUUCACGAGUACAAACAAGUGUAAGAGACGCGACCUUGAUCAAAGGGUCUACCUCUAAAAUAGUGGCCGUUGUCUCCGAAAAUGGGUCACGUCUUUCUGUUUUCGAUAUGCGAAGCUCAGAGUUUUCCUCGCAGGAGGAAUCAUCUGCGGUAUUUCCUGAACUUGGUCCUAUUAUCGACCUUGACUGGACAAGUACACCUAACUCGCAUUCUAUCCUUGCUGUGUCAUUUAAACAUGAUGUCGUCUUGAUUUGCCAGAACAGACGGUCUUACAUUAUGAAAUCACCGCUCUGGGUGCCCAUUGUUCGUGUUAACACAUCUUCCUUCACCGACCUUCCAAUUAGAGAUUCCACUUGGCUUGACAAUGGAACGUUGGUUUUGGCUUGUGGAACCGGAAUUUAUUAUUUCGACAAAACGCUUCCUCAAAAUCCAUCACUGCUCUAUCCAUACUCAGUAAAUCGACAGAGCAAAGAUUUAUUUGACUUGGUAUACCAGUUAAAUGGUAUCCUUCCCGUGUAUCAUCCACAAUUCCUGCAGCAACUUAUGCUGAACAACAAAAUUUCACUAAUUCUUCUCAUCCUCCAUCGAGUAUAUGAAUGCCUGCAACAGAACAAUCCACUUCACUUUCUUCUGAACAUAGAAGCCGAAAAACUCAUUCUUCCGAGUGCAGCCCAAGACGAUGUUCAAUCCCAGGUGAACUCAGUAUUAGAUGAGAUAAAAAGCGGAAAUGAUUCUGUGGAAGAGACGGCUGUAAACUCACUCAAUGAAUGGCGUAAUUCACUAGACUGGUUGAGUUCCUUGGAAGCACAAUUGAAAUCGCAAAAAGUGCAGACUUUGACACGAACUUCACAAUUUCUACUUUUGAAUUUCAUUGAGGCAUUCCAUAAGACGCUUUCUGUAGGAAGCUUUUUGGAUUUAAAUGGCCGUCGUUACUGUUUAAUGUUGAACCAGUACACUCUACUUCGUCAUCAAACCAAGGAAAAGAGCCAGUUGCCUUUCCGAGACUGCAUGUGGGCAUUCUACAGUAGCAACCAAGACGUGCUAUUGGGCUACUCAAAACAACUUCUCGGAAACUUUCUAUUAUGGGAUGAUGUACGCGAGCUCGGAUUACCUUACUGGUUAAGCCAAAGUUCGUUGUGUCAAGUAUUUCGCGAGCUUGCACAAAAUCACUACACGCAUAAUGAUGAACGGAACCCCGAAUUCGUGAGUUUGUAUUAUAUGGCGUUACGAAAGAAAGCAGUACUCGUGAACUUGUGGAAGCUGGCAUCCUGGCACAAGGAGUCAGCACGCACAGUCAAAUUGUUGUCUAAUGAUUUCACACUGCCCCGUUGGAGGGUGGCUGCUGCUAAAAACGCGUUUGCUCUUCUUAGUCGGCAUCGCUACUUUUAUGCUGCGGCAUUUUUCCUUCUCGGUGAUCAAUGUCUUGAUGCAGUUCGUGUUUGUAUUCGCAAUCUAAAUGACCCAGCACUAGCCAUUGCCGUAGCCCGUGUGUAUGAAGGUGAUGAUGGUCCAACAUUCAGCAAGUUGCUGGUCGAGUUCAUGCUUCCCAUCUCCCAGCGAUACUAUGAUAGAUUCCUGGCAUGCUGGUGUUUUGAAAUGCUCAAGAACAAGGCUAAAGCAAUCCAGUGUCUCGUUUCACCACUGUACAGUACGAUACGCGAUGAUGCUGAACUGAAAAAGGAGACGACUGCCACUGCGACUCUUCUACCUCGAGAUGAUGAUGCCCUUCCUGGGCAUCCUCAAGACAAAAACGGAGCAGCAGACGACCCAGCACUCAUUUUGCUGUAUGUAUGGCUCCGUGAUCAGUUUUGCACGUUUGGAGGUUCAGCAAGUCAAUUGCGUCCUUUGGGAAAUCUUGCACCUGUGAAUCCGUCACACGAGUUCAAGUUUGUGCUACAUAUGGCAAGAGUUUACGACCAAAUGGGCUGCGAUUUGACUGCCCUGUCGCUGGUUCGUAACUGGACAUUCUUACACACAACUUCGCCCACGACAGAACCUCCGUCUAACGACUCCAUUACUGCCACGGAAGGGGCAUCUACAGCCAAGGAGACACCGACGCCGGAAGAGACUACGACACCUCAAACAGCAAAACCCCGUGUGUCAUUAAUGGGGCAGACACUCACACAGGCACCUUCUUCCAUUCCCGAUUUUGACGAGUCCGCCUUCUUUUUCUAGACCAAUCAAAACCUCCCCUAGCAGAAGCCGCAUCUACAAAACCACCUCUCCAGUGGACACAACCUUAAGUCUCUCCAGGACACUGAUGAAUAAAACGUGCAUUAAACAAUUGGAAAUAGAAACAGGAACCGAUGACAAGGCGAAGAAUACAAAAAUAUCAUAACCAUAGAACCCAAGUAAAAUGAGAUUGGAAGGUGUGCGGUGAGGGACGGUGUACAGUGUGAUGAGACGAACGCCGG